GCCGCGCGCCCCGCCCCGGAAGUGGGUGGGCCCAGCAGGCCGUGCAGUCUUCCCGACCGCCUCCCAGUCGGGUUGCGGCCGAGGCCGGUCCUGGCUUUGUAGCUCGCUCAAGAUGGCGGCGCAGCCACCCAGCGGGAUCCGCCUCAGCGCGCUUUGCCCGAAGUUUUUACAUACAAAUUCUACUAGUCACACUUGGCCAUUCAGUGCAGUUGCUGAAUUAAUAGACAAUGCUUACGAUCCCGAUGUGAACGCUAAACAGAUAUGGAUUGACAAAACGGUGAUAAAUGACCAUAUAUGCUUGACAUUCACUGAUAAUGGGAAUGGUAUGACUUCAGAUAAAUUACACAAAAUGCUAAGCUUUGGCUUCAGUGACAAAGUUACCAUGAAUGGUCACGUCCCAGUUGGCUUGUAUGGGAAUGGCUUCAAGUCAGGUUCUAUGCGUUUGGGUAAAGAUGCAAUUGUAUUUACCAAAAACGGAGAAAGCAUGAGUGUGGGCUUCUUGUCUCAGACCUACUUGGAAGUCAUAAAAGCAGAACAUGUUGUUGUCCCAAUUGUGGCAUUCAACAAACACCGACAGAUGAUAAAUUUAGCAGAAUCCAAAGCAAGCCUUGCAGCAAUUCUGGAACAUUCUCUGUUUUCUACGGAACAGAAAUUACUGGCAGAACUUGAUGCUAUUAUGGGUAAGAAGGGGACAAGGAUCAUCAUUUGGAACCUUAGAAGAAACAAACAAAAGAAAUGGGAAGAUAAUAUCUCACCUGACGAGCCCCGACCUGCCUACAAAAGCGCAACAGAGUUUGAUUUUGAUAAGGAUAAAUAUGACAUCAGAAUUCCUGAAGAUUUGGAUGAGACAACAGGGAAGAAGGGGUACAAGAAACAAGAAAGGAUGGACCAAAUUGCCCCUGAGAGUGACUAUUCCCUGAGGGCUUACUGCAGUAUAUUGUAUCUAAAGCCAAGAAUGCAGAUAAUAUUACGUGGACAGAAGGUGAAGACACAGCUGGUUUCAAAGAGUCUUGCCUACAUUGAACGUGAUGUUUAUCGACCCAAGUUUUUAACUAAAACAGUGAGAAUUACAUUUGGAUUCAACUGCAGAAAUAAAGACCAUUAUGGGAUCAUGAUGUAUCACAGAAAUAGACUCAUCAAAGCUUAUGAAAAAGUUGGAUGUCAGUUAAGGGCAAACAACAUGGGUGUUGGAGUGGUGGGAAUUAUAGAGUGUAAUUUCCUAAAGCCAACUCACAAUAAACAAGAUUUUGACUAUACUAAUGAGUACAGGCUGACAAUAGCAGCACUAGGAGAAAAGCUGAAUGAUUACUGGAAUGAAAUGAAAGUCAAGAAAAAUUCAGAAUAUCCUCUAAAUUUGCCAGUUGAAGAUAUUCAGAAACGUCCUGAUCAGACAUGGGUUCAAUGUGAUUCCUGUCUAAAAUGGCGAAAAUUACCAGAUGGAAUAGAUCAACUUCCAGAAAAAUGGUAUUGCUCCAAUAACCCUGACCCACAGUUCAGAAAUUGUGAUGUUCCAGAAGAACCCGAAGAUGAAGAUGUGGUGCAUCCUACUUAUGAAAAAACCUACAAAAAGAAAGACAAGGACAAAUUCCGGAUCCGACAACCAGAAAUGAUCCCUCGGAUUAAUGCUGAACUCCUGUUUCGGACACCCACCGUGUCAAGUCAGAGCUUUUCUCCCGUGAAGGAAAGUGUUCCAAGAGGACAUCUUUCAGAAGCGGCAAAUACAUAUACAACAAGACUUCUAAACAACCAUCGAGGUUCACCCCAGUCGGAACCCGAGAGCAACAACCUGAAACGGAGACUUUCUACUCGUUCGUCAAUUCUGAACUCCAAGACUCGGAGAUUGAGUAAUCAAACAUUUGAAAAUUCAGCUUAUAAAGAUGAUGACGAUGAAGAUGUCAUCAUCUUGGAAGAAAACAGUACUCCGAAACCUGCAGUAGAUCAUGAUAUUGAAGUGAAAUCAGAACAGAGUCACAUGGAGCACAGUGGCCUGCAGGUGGAGCCUGUGGCCGAGAAGGAGCCUUGUGGCCAGACUAGCUCAUCGGGUGCCUCGUCAUCCCGGUGUGAUCAGGGAACUACUGCGGCCACCCAGACUGAAGUCCCGGGUGUAGUUGUUAAAAAGGAGGAAACCCUUGAAGAUGACAUAGAUGCCAGAAAUGACACGGCUGCGCUGCCCUCCUGUGUGGAAGCUGAAGGCAAAACACAGGACACCCAGGAAGCCUUUGAUAAAUCUGCGGCUGAUGCUGGUUGCCAGUUAAAUGAACUGAGAAAUGAGCUGCUUCUAGUGACCCAAGAAAAAGAAAAUUAUAAGAGACAGUGUAAUGCGUUCACUGACCAAAUCAAAGGGUUACAACAGAGGAUACUGGAACUGAACGACAAAUACGUGAAGAAGGAGACGUGCCAUCAGUCUACCGAAACUGAUGCUGUGUUUUUACUUGAAAGUAUUAAUGGCAAAUCUGAAAGUCCGGACCACGUGGUGUCUCAGUAUCGGCAAGCUUUGGAAGAAAUAGAAAGGCUGAAGAAACAGUGUAGUGCUCUGCAACACGUAAAGGCCGAGUGCAGUCAGUGUUCCAACAGUGAGAGCAAAAGUGAAGUGGACGAAAUGGUUGUGCAGCUGGAUGACGUGUUUAGACAGCUGGACAAGUGCACUGCGGAGAGGGACCAGUAUAAAAGUGAGGUUGAAUUAUUGGAAAUGGAAAAAUCACAAAUGCGUUCACAAUGUGAAGAACUGAAAACUGAAAUUGAACAAUUAAAAUCCACAAAUCACCAGUUAGGAGCAGAUGUUUCAACUUCAAGUAACAUUGAGGAGUCUGUAAAUUAUACUGACGGGGAAAGCCUCAAACUUCGAUCUCUUCGAGUUAACGUAGGACAGCUGUUGGCCAUGAUUGUACCUGAUCUCGAUCUUCAGCAAGUGAAUUACGAUGUUGACGUGGUUGAUGAAAUUUUAGGGCAAGUUGUCGAACAAAUGAGUGAAAUCAGUAGUACCUAAGGUAUAUUUUAUGUGAGAUAAUAAAAAUAUUUGCUUAAUCUUUUUGGUUGUACAGCUUUCAAAAUGUAAACAAUUUUGUUUUAUAGAUAUGAUAGGUAACAGACUGAAGAACCAUAAUCUCUACUGUAUUCUAUGCAUUCAAGUGUGGUCACAAAUACUGUGGACACAUUAUCACACCUUUUGAAAUGCCCGUGAAUCAUUGGUACUGAGCAGCUGAAUAGCUAACUCAAGAUUCGGUUUUGAAAUGUAAAUAUUUGUAAUUAAGUCUGCACAUAUUUUUUUAUUCCCCUAGAGGACUUCAGUGUUUUUCGCCAAGAGCUCUUCAGGUUGCCCCUAGCCUUUGUGCAAUCUUUUCUGGUUCCCAAAGUAUUUUUCUCUGAAACGAGGGCUGUGCCAUACUACAGAUGGAAAUGUUACCUUUGGUUUUCUUACAGAGAAGUUUAAACAGGAUUUUUAAAAAAUGGAAUUAUACUCCUGAUAAGAGAAGUUGUAAGUGAAUUGACCCGUAAUGUUUCUUUUCUAUAAAUUCUUAUCUCCUGAAAUAUUUUAUUCAUGGAAAUAAGGUAAGCAGAAACUCUCCAUCCAUUUUGCCAGGAUUUUCCUUGUGUCAGGACUGCCAAUCAUGGUUAAAUGCAGUGUUUUUAUAGAACAAAGAAAUGAUCUUUAGUAUAAAAAAGUUUCAAAAAUAUUAAAUGUCCCACCACAUUUACUUUGAAGCCCAUUUUUGGCUGCCUAGUCAGCAUGGAGUGGGCACAAUAAUUGUUGAAUAUUUCUUUUUGUGAAAUUUCCUGUACAGCCUUAUGUAGGAUUACUACAGGUUAAUGAGAGUUGAGGAAGACAAUCUUUCUCAAACAGAACAGCAUACCUUUCAUUAUAUUACAGACCUAGGUGUUUUGUAUGUCUUGGAGGUAAGCAGAAAACUACCCUAGGAUUAUAAGUAUUACAUGCCAUAAAAAUUAAUGCUUUAUUGGUCCCAUGUUUGUGCAAUUUUAAAGAGAUGGCUUUCUAUUAAGUAUAACUAUGUAUAUAUUAAUUAAGAAUUGUAUUUUCCACAACGGAAAUGUGCAUUAUUUUUUUUCAAAGUUUUAUCAUUGCUAUUUAUUUUUACUUUUGUUUCUGAACACUCAAUACAUGUUUCUUUUGUAUGUAUGCUUAAUUACAUGUCUUUCAUAUACAAUAUUAAAUUUUUACUGUACAUUAACUUCUAAAAAAAAAGCAAAUAAAUGAAAGUUGUUUUUAUUUGCUUGAUAAAGUAAUUGAAAGUGUAUUUUUGGUAUGAAGCUGGUUUUCUGUCCUAAUUGUAUCUGCCCAAAUUUUAAAAUAUCUUGUAAUAAAGUAAAUAUAUAUAUAUAUAUAUAUAUAUAUAUAUAUAUAUGAUAGCUAACUCUUCAGAUACUACUUUUAAAGAAUUCUAUAUUCAAAUUAUAUUUUGGAAACUAAAACUCAUUGAAGACCCUCAAGUUGAGCUCAUUUUACUAUAUUAAUUACAAGUUCUGUUUAGGAGACUAAGACUGUUUCCAUUAAGACUCUAAAGACUGAGCUCAUCUUGAGAGAAUGCGUGAGUGCGUGCGUGUGUAUGUGUAUUUUACACUCGAGAAGAGACUUUUUCCUCUGUAAAUCAUUUAGGCUAAAGAAAUCUUGCUUAAGUGAUAGCAAUGUAGAGCAUGUCUAAGUUUGUGAAUAUUUAUGUAGCAGUUCUUUCUGGAAUUUGCUAUUUUCCCCUUCUUUGGGUCAGCUAUAUUCUUGCAAAAAUAAAUAUUUUAUAUGGCUGUUAUCUUGCUUAAUGGGAAAGUUAGGCAUAGGAUUAGUAAAUUUGCUUGCUAAAUUGGUUCUUUGGAAGUACUUACAUAUAUUUCGCCUUUUAAGCAAAUAUUGCCAGGAUACAAUUCUUUGAAAAUGUAGCUAACAAAAUUUAACAAAACAACAACAUGGGUUUUCAUGUAUAUAUCAUAUUUAGGUAGAGGUAUCUGUCUUCUGUUGUUAAGUUAAAUUUGUAAAAGGCUAAUGUGGGAGGACAGUGGUGUUUAAACUAGUUACUACUGUAAAACAAAAACAGUAUGAGGAAGUAAACCAGCACAGUCCACAAUCCCUAUAAACAGGACCCGCUUUAAUUAGCUAAGUGUUCACACAGCAGGACUGGUGUGUGGCAUAUCAAUGUGUUUUUUAUUUGGGCCUCAAAUUCCUAAUGUGGGCGGUACUGCUGGUGACUCUGCCCAUGGUCUCAAGACACUUAAUUCUUGUAAUCAGCAGCUCGUUAGGUCAUUAUUUGUCAUUGAAGAAUAAUUAAAUACCUCUGGUGGUUCUCACCCCUCCCCCCCCAGGUGCAUAUUAGAAUCACCUGGGGAGUUUUUAGAAAUCCCAAUGCAAGGAUGCACCCCAUACUAAUUCAGAGUCUGGGUUUGGGCCCAGAUAUCAGGUUUGUUUUUUGUGUUUUUUGGUUUUUUAAGGCCUCUCUGUGUGCCGUCAGAACUGAGAACCAUUGAUCUAUACCUUCCUGUGGUGAGUGUUUACAGGUGUUGAACUCAGUUCGUUCCUGAAACAAACUCAGGAUUGGCAGGGCUACCUUCUCACUGGGGCGAGCCAGGAGGGAGAAAAAGAAGCAGAGAUGACGCCCAAGUUAGAAAUGUAAAUGGAACAGAAUGGGAUCAAGUGGAAAGGCUUUUACCCACUGCUUCCCCAAAGUUAACCACGGUUGCUUUUUGUAGGUCCUUCCAGAAAAUAUUAGCUGCAUACGUAUACACAUUCAUAUAUAUGCAUUCAGUUUAUAUUAAAUUUUUAUAUCUUUAUAUUUGAUUAUAUAUUUGUAUCUCAAGUUUACACAAAGAUGGUACACCAGAUAAUUGGUACCUUAACAUUUCCAUGUUACUUUUUUGAAUAGGUUUGGUAACAUUCUGUGAUCUGCAUAUGCUCCUAAUGCUCAUUUAUUUCUCAUGUUUUGACAUUACAGAAUAUACUGUGGAAGUUAAUACACACCACACACACUUUUAUAAGUAUACCCAGAGUGUAAAUUCUUUGCAGUGAAUAUUGAUAGGUCAAAGAGUGUAUGCUAUGUAACUUUUAAUAAAUGUUACCAUCCAAAAAGGAA